CUGUUGUGUUUUAAUUAAUAACUAUGCAUUACUCAUUAGGGAAUGAUCAAUUUGAGAGUUAAUUAAGAACACAAAUUCUUAUGGCCUUAAUUGCAUAAUUCUUAAGUCCAAGGAUCCUUGGCAAUAUCAACUCUACCAUUUGAGCUCGGCAGUAGGUGUUUUUAGUUGUUCCUCAAAAUUCAAACUUUUCGUCACAGAUUCCUACCUCUUUCCUUCAUCAUUUUCAACUGUAAACCCGAAACCCGUCAACACAAAUUUAUGGAACACCAAGAAAACAAAAACCAGAAGCAACAGCAACAGAAAGAAGAAGAAGAAGAAGAAGAAGAAGAAGCAGAAGAACCACAAAAAAAACCCCAAUCACCACCAUCCCACCAAAAUUCCAUUACCCAAUCGUCGCUACCGGUAGAUUCCGGGCAACUAUCUCAACAAUCAUGGCAACAACAACAGCAACAAUUAGAGAAGGAAAACGAAGAACAAGAACAAGAACAGCAAAAAUCCCAAUCAUCAUCACCCACUAUGAACUCCUCACCAUCUGGGCUGCACCAUUACCACAACUCUAGCAACCAAUCACUGCCACCGUUAGAUUCCCCACCAUACCCAGAUGCUUUCACUUCUGAUCAGACCUCUCACAAUCAUGUCUUCUUUCCCCCACCUGAACGCAGCCCACCUUCCGCCAAGCACCCGUCUCCCGGGCUGGCGACUAGAUUGGGGCCCAGAGUCGCAGAUAGAUUCUCUGCAAGCGUUGAAGAUUCCAAACUCGAUGGUGCUGCUACUGGUUGUUCUGGUGGGGUGGAGAGGAGAUUGAGGCCUGACUUCUCGAUGGCGAGGAGAGCUAACAGAGAUGCUAUGGUGAAGAGGGCGUUGCUUGUAUUUAGGUUUUGUGGAUUUGUGUUUUGCUUGGUCUCCUUCUCGGUCAUGGCUGCGGACAGGGAUCAGGGCUGGGCUCUUGAUUCUUUUUAUAAGUACAAGGAGUUCAGGUACUGUAUGGCAGUGAAUGUGUUAGGCUUUGUGUAUUCAAGCUUUCAAGUAGCCUAUCAAUUGAUGACGGGCAAACAAAAAUCCCACUAUGACUUACGCCAUUUCUUGGAUUUUGCUACUGAUCAGAUUUUGACCUAUCUUCUCAUAUCAGCAUCUUCUUCUGCUGCUGUCCGAGUUGCAGAUUGGCAAUCCAAUUGGGGUGCAGACAAGUUCCCGCAGAUGGCUAAAGCAUCUGUAACAUUGUCAUUUCUGGCAUUUGUGGCCUUAGCAUUCAGCUCGCUCAUCUCUGGUUAUGCUCUUUGUACUCUCAAUUUUAUGUAGUUCAUUUGGCUGUUUGUUUUGCAAGCCUGUCAAAUACAUAUUUGGAGCUUUUUCCUUGAUAGAAAAAGAACAAAUACAUAUCUGAAGUAUUAUAUAUAUAUAUAUAUGCGUGGUUGGAGGUGAAACUGAUCAUUAACAGAAAAAUCUUUCAAAUGGUGUACAGAAAAAAAAAAAAAAAAAAAAAAAAAAAUGUUUGUUCCGUGUGGAUCAUGAAUUAGUUACAAUAAUAGAACGAUCAAUGAUCAUUUUGGUUGGUGGGUUUUCGAGCUUUUUAAUUCUUUCUUGCUGCGAUCUUUGUUGUAUUAGCAUUCCUGGAUUUGUAAAUUAAUCAGAAGCUGGCUGGCACGAA